CGGUUUUGGACAAAGAUACAAGACUCGGUGCUCCCAAACCGAACGCCUCUCUGGAAAGUUCCCCGACGCUCUUCGCUCUUCCAGGCAAAUGGAGAUUAAGGUCGAAAACAAAAGUAGCAUACAAGGAAUCUACCAAAAAAAGGUAGCAUACAAGGAGGCUUAGCGGUAAUAGAAAGGAUGGAGUCACAAAAAGCUCAAUCGGAAAACCAACAUCCAUCUGCCACGAUCAAUCCAGCAAUGUCCUCAUGCCGAAAGAAAAAAUCAGAGGAUGCCACUUUUUUGCAAGAUCUGAGAGAGCAUAUUGAUGAGUUUAUUCAUGCUUCCGUGGAUGAGCACAAAACCUGCUUUAAGAAGACCAUUCAAAAGAUGUUUGGAAUGUCCAAGGUAGUUGCAGAAAGGACUGCAGAAGCUAGAGAAGUUGAAAGUGUUUUGCCCCUUCAGACAACCGUGUCGAAAUAAGAAUCUGGAAGUUCUGGAAGUUGUUUAUGUUUGAUAUCUUGUUACUUUAUGUCCAACUGCUAGGGUGAUGACAUUGUCCAAGUACUAGUAGAUGCAAGCAACUUGGUUCCAAGUUUUGUUGAAUAUUACCAGAUGAUAGUUUGUUUUCCUUCUUCCUACUCAGUACCAAGUUCCAAUUUAGAGACUUUUACUUGAUAUAUAUAGCUAUGUACCUAUGAUGUAACGUUGAUUACAUUGCCAUUGAUAUGUGUUUAAUGUCGAUUACUUUGCCAUCUGUUCAUGGUAA